CUUAUACAUAAUAUAAAUAGAAUAUUUAUUAAAUUCCUAAGACCUGCUGCUGCUGGGAGGUGCAGAGAGCCCACAAGAAAGGACUAGGCAGAAGGUGGCUCUGCAAUGAGCUUGGUUGGAGGAUUUCCCCACCACCCGGUGGUUCACCAUGAUGGUUACCCCUUUGCAGCAGCUGCAGCCGCCGCAGCCAGCCGCUGCCAUGAAGACAAUCCUUACUUCCACGGCUGGCUUAUUAGCCACCCGGAGAUGUCUCCCCCUGACUACAGCAUGGCACCGUCCUACAGUCCGGAGUACGCCAAUGGCGCAGCCGGGCUGGACCACUCCCAUUACGGGGGUGUCCCGGGAAGCGGGGCCGGAGGCUUGUUACAACGGCCUGUUAAGCGGAGGGGGACUGCCAACCGCAAGGAGAGGCGCAGGACUCAGAGUAUCAACAGCGCCUUCGCCGAGCUCCGGGAGUGUAUCCCCAACGUGCCUGCCGACACCAAGCUCUCCAAGAUCAAAACCCUGCGGCUGGCUACCAGCUACAUCGCCUACCUCAUGGACCUGCUGGCCAAGGAUGACCAGAAUGGGGAGACAGAGGCCUUCAAGGCAGAGAUCAAAAAGACAGAUGUGAAGGAGGAGAAGAGGAAGAAAGAACUGGUCAGUACAGCAUGGCAUGCCGACAGCAACAAUAAUGAACUUUUGAAAAACACAGUUAGCGGCAACGAUAAGAAGACUAAAGGCAGGACUGGGUGGCCACAGCAUGUCUGGGCUCUGGAGUUAAAACAGUGACGCUAUGGACUGCAGUAAUGAAGACUCAAUUAAUAUGCACAUAUAUAUGUGUGUGUGUAUAUAUAUGUGUGUAUAUAUGUCCUAAAAAACUAUGUAUAUGGAAUCGUCCAGUUUAUUUAUGUGCAAUUUCCCUCCCUACCCCCAAGCACCCCUAAAAUGUGGAUUUGUGAAGACAAGCAUUCCAUUAUAUGAAGAAAAACCUGCAGGUUGGUUUUAAGGGCUGUGUGUGCUGUAUAAAAGUUUGUGAAUGUUACAGUAUUUCUCUCUAUGUUCUAACAUCACAACAUCAAGAAAAUGACUCCCUGGCAUUAGUAUGUAUGUGAAGUUUCUAUUUUCUUUUUUUACGUGAUUUUUUUGUUUGUUUUGUUUUUUACUGUUUGUUUGUUUUU